AUGGCUUCUGCUUUGGCCAUACUAGAUUCAAAUGCAUAUCCUCUCAUAUCAAGAGUCUAUACAACUGAUAUCUUACCAUUAGACAUCAUAUUUCAAGACUUCCAAAAACUAAUACAAGAUGAUAAUACCAAUUAUACUCCAAUAAUAAAAUCUCCUAAUGGUGUUAAUUAUAUUUAUAUCCAAUCAAAUGAUAUUAUACUAAUGAUUAUAACUUAUUAUGAUUACAUAAAUUCAAUGACUUUGGUACAAUUCUUAUACAAUUUUAAAGAUAUUUUAUUACGUUAUUUCAAGACAUCAAAUUUAUUUAAAGAUCAAAUCAAAGAUAAUUUUAAUUUAAUUUAUGAAAUUAUGGAUGAGAUUAUGGAUUUUGGUAUACCACAAUUUACUGAUUUUAAUAUAUUACAAGAUUUUAUCAAGAUUGAUGUGAAUCAAUCAAUCGAGAAGAAGGAUAAAGAUAUUGAUGAUUCAAUAAAUUCUUCAAUUAUAAGAACAACAACUUCAAAUAUUUCAUGGAGACCAAAAGGGAUUUAUUAUACUAAGAAUGAAAUAUUCAUAGAUUUAGUGGAAAGAUUAAAUAUAAUUAUAAAUCCAGAUCAAAAAAUUAUUAAAAAUGAAAUUAAAGGUGAAUUUCAAUGUAAAUCUUAUCUUUCCGGUAUACCAACUUUAAAAAUAAGUUUAAAUAAAUUUUAUGAUUUAAAAAAAUUUAAAUUUCAUCAAUGUGUUGAUUUAAAUAAAUUUAUAAAUGAUCAAGUCUUGGAAUUUAUACCACCAGAUGGGGAUUUCAUACUGGGGUCUUAUCAAUUUCAAUUUAAAUCAAAUACAACACCCAUACUAGAAAUUACACAUAUAGAUUAUUUACCUAAACCACCACAUAAUAUAAUAUUAAAAUUUGGAAUAAAGAUAAAUGCAUCACCAAAGACAUUAUUAAAUAAUAUCAAGAUACUAAUACCAAUAGAUUUUAAACAAUUCCCUAAGGAAAUUGAUAAAUCUGAAACACCAAAAUUUAAAACUUCCAUAGGGAAAAUUUAUUAUAAAUUAGAUCAAGAUUGUUUAAUUUGGGAAAUUGAUUCUUUGGGAGGUGAUCGACAUUUUGAAAUGAUGUCAAUGUUUAAACUGCAGACAGAAGAAGUUAAGGAACUAGGUAUGGAUCCACCACCAAAAUCAACAACACCAAAUAUAUUAAAAUUACAAAAAAAUCUCGAGAUAAAAAAGAUAAAAAAUAUUGAUAUAUCAUUUGAAAUUAAAGAUUUAACUAUAAGUGGAUUAAAAAUUGAAUAUUUAAAAAUUUUAGAAUCAAAUUUAAAUUAUCCUUGGUUUCCUUGGGUUAGAUAUAAAACUUUAACUGAUGAAUAUAUAUAUAGAUUAUAA